AUGGGGGAAACCACUGUUACAGCAAUUCCUCCAUCUAGUUGGCGGAGAGAAAUAGGAGGAGAGUUAAAGCCAUUCAAAUACAGGAGAUACAAGGACUUGGGGACAGGUGAAUUCCGAUACCGGCCUGGGCAGGAGGGGACCAGGUGCAAACCCUGUAACCUGCAUGGAUCCGCGAGAGGAAGAGGGACAAGCUGCGACGCUCUCUCUCCUGCCCACGCGCGGCCACAGGCUCGGACGACUGCAGAGCAAUUAGGGUGGAAGGGUUCCUCCUGGGCACCAAUCCGAGACGCGAGUGGGGGGCGCGUCCUCCGUCACGCCCUCGCCCAGUCCUGCGCUAGCCGCAGGCUGGUCCCCACGCCCCCUAACAGUCCCUCAGCUUCCGCGCGCCUGGCCCGUGCGGGGCCCUCCCUCUCCACCCGCCUGGGUGCAUCGAUCCCGGUGACCGGGCUCAGCGCCUCGGGGCGGGUCCCUGUCGCCCGCACCUGCCCCCGGGGGCGGAGCGCAGCAGCGGCAGCGCGGCCCCAGCCUCCUCCUCACGCCAAGCUAGCGGGCCACGCGCCCUCGACCACCGCCCCCGCCCCCAGCCCGGCCCCGGUGAGCUCCUCAGUGCAGCCGGACGAGGAGCGGCAGCCGCGGAUUAGCGAGAGUGGCCAGUUCAGCGACGGGCUGGAGGAUCGAGGCUUACUAGAAAGCAGCACCCGGCUGAAACCUCACGAAGCCCAGAACUACAGGAAGAAGGCCUUGUGGGUAUCCUGGUUCUCCAUUAUUGUCACCCUGGCCCUGGCAGUGGCUGCCUUCACUGUCUCCGUCAUGAGGUACAGCGCCUCUGCCUUUGGGUUUGCAUUUGACGCCAUCCUGGAUGUGCUGUCCUCGGCCAUUGUCCUCUGGCGUUACAGCAACGCAGCCGCCGUGCACUCAGCUCACAGAGAGUAUAUAGCCUGUGUCAUCUUGGGAGUGAUCUUUCUUCUGUCAUCUAUCUGCAUAGUCGUCAAAGCCAUCCACGACCUUUCAACAAGGCUGCUCCCCGAAGUGGAUGACUUCCUGUUCAGUGUCUCCAUUUUAAGUGGCAUCCUCUGCAGCGUCCUGGCUGUGCUGAAGUUUAUGCUGGGGAAGGUCCUCACAAGCAGGGCUCUCAUCACGGACGGGUUCAACUCCCUUGUUGGGGGAGUGAUGGGCUUCUCCAUCCUCCUGAGUGCCGAAGUGUUCAAACACAACGCGAAGGUCUGGUACCUGGAUGGCAGCAUCGGUGUCCUGAUCGGCCUCACCAUCUUUGCCUAUGGGGUCAAGCUUCUCAUCGACAUGGUGCCCAGAGUGAGACAGACGCGUCACUACGAAAUGUUUGAGUGAAGGCGACUGAAGGGGCGGCAGGGACGGCCCUAGGGAAGAGCGUCACCAUGGUGACGAGAGGUUUCCGCGAAGGCAGUUGGUGCCAAUAUUUAACUGCACAUCCAGUUUCAUUUGGGGAAGUUUUCGUUCAUAGAGUCUGUCAUCACGGGAUGAGGUCGGCCUGGAGGCUGCACCUGUCCUACAUCCUCACCCUGUUGCCCACUGUCAAACACAUUAGGACGAUGCUGACCAUGGGAAGGGCUGCCACGCUCCCCAAUCUCGAGCCGGAAGUGAUGUUUUCUAUUUCCUGGGGUCAAACAGUUCUUGAAAGCAGGCUUGGGUCUCUGCUUGAUAGGAAGCCGCUUGUGGCGCUUACUGUCAGCCAAAACCAGAUAGUAACUGACGGAGUCACCGCCUCCUGACACACGCGGCCAAGGCGCCUCCAGGGUCACACUCCUCUCUCCUUGCAGCCAAUCCCUUCCUAACGUGAAUCAACCCGUUUCAUACACUUUUACUAAUCUUGACACUAAGCAGAUUUGUUCAGAGGGAGGCCAUUCUGUUUUUUAAAGUGUUUAGUGGCAUAUGAGAUAGCUUUGCAUGGGCAGGCUACAUAAGCACACAGCCCUUUCUUCCACAUCCAUGAAAACCCAGGAACCAUUUUUGAGAGAUGUGAAACUCUAUACAUUUAUUUGUAAUAAAUAAUUAUAAUCA